AUGGCAGACUCUGUCAAUCCUGUAAAGGGCGAGAGCCAUCCUCUCAGUAAUCCGGCAAGCCCAGAGACUCUUAGCCUGAAGAACCUGACCAUCACAGACGAACAUCCUCGCUCCCGCCAAGGCCACGGAGUGGGUCACAACCAUGCUAUCCCACGUGGUCCAAGGUAUCCCAACGCCAACAGGUACGGUCUUUCUGGACGUGGUUUUCACAGCCAUCACCGACAAGGCGCUGCGCACGCCGGCAGAGGUGGUUCUGCAGGUUUCCGCAACCCCAACCUACCACUGGGUCCCGAUGCUCAGAUGCACCAAGACUUUCUCACGGUUCGCAACUCGAUGCGCCGUCAGUUCAAGAACUCAGAUGUAGCCAAGUGGAAGUUCAGCGACUAUGUUGCACAUCGCGAAGCAAUUAAUGCGUCAGAAGCCAACAAGCUCGUUCAUCAAGCCAAGGCGAAGGAGGAAGCUGGAGAGUAUUCCUCAGCCAUUUCUCCCGAAACUCAGGCCUUUUUGCGUCGUUGCGGUCUUAACGGUAACUUUGACGAAGUUGGCAACUCUGGUCGUGCCCUCGGAGAGCAGACGAUAUGGUGCAGGGAUUGGCAGAACGGAAAGGAAGACGUUGCACCCUGGCCUUCCUUCUCUGAGAUGAGAUGGGAGGGUGACGAUCGGGCCAAGACAGGCGUUGGCCGCUUCCUCCCCUUGCCCCGCGAGCCAGGUCCUCCCAGCCUCACAUGGAGCCAACUCCCUGCCAUUGAGCAGUACCCCAUGGACCAGGUCUGCCAGAUCCCAACUAUGGAGGAUGUCUACCUCCCUGUCGACCCUGACAUUGAGCCUGACCAUGAGUACCUCUGGAGCAAAGAGCUAGAGAAAGAAAUGGACGCCCUCUUGGAAUCCUGA